UAUUUCAUACAUCCACGUCAUACAUCCACGGCUACAGCUUUGAGAAAUAUCGCGAUAAAUUUACAGCUCGUAAUUGCUCCACAGACAAAUGGGCGUUCGGGGUUUAACAAGUUACGUUAACAGUUUGCCUUGUGGCAAACAUGCCGUUUGGAAAUUUUAUAAACUACAGGACACAAACCUCAUCAUUGACGGCUGUGGUUUAUAUUAUUAUAUUUACGCUUCCAAUGAUUUAAACAUGAAAUAUGGAGGGCAAUAUGAGCAGCUGCAAGACAAAGUAAGGGAGUUUGUUGCAAAGCUUCGAUCCAACAAUGUCCUCCCAUAUGUGGUUAUCGAUGGCAUCAUGGCAAAAGACGAAAAGAAGUUUGAUACGUAUCUCAAAAGAAAGCAAGAUUGUGUAAAGCGAAUGAAAGCUAUGUGGUCAUCCAGAUCGUCUACCAGUGAUAUGGUUAUUCCACGCCUUGCCCAAAUUGCUUUUGUACAAGUUUUGGAAGAACUUGGUGUCAAAUAUGCUGUGGCUGAUUUUGAAGCGGAUUGUGAAAUUGCAUCACUUGCAAAUGAACUGGAUGCUCCUGUGAUGGCAAACGACAGUGAUUUCUACAUUUUCAACGUCAAAGGUGGCUACAUUCCAUUCCAACAAUAUGAUUUCUCUGGCGGAAACAUCACAGUGAAGAAAUUCAAAUUCCGAAGGUUUGCCAAAUACCUUGGCAUUGACCCUGGUAUGCUACCCCUGCUUGCCUCGUUGAUCGGAAAUGAUUAUGUCUCUGACACAGUGUUGCAGCCAUUCAUGGCUUACCUUCAACAUCCAAGAGCUAAGAUUCCAGCCAUUGCAAAUUUCCUAUCUGAAUAUAGGAGCAUGUCAACAUCAACAGUAUUUAAGGUUGUCGUGAAGUCAAUUCCAAGCGGUCUCCAGCAAGAAUUUGAGCAAGCAUUACGUCUUUCUGUUGAAGAAUACCAAACAAAAGAAAGCAAUCUGAUAGGAUAUUUCAGCUCUAAUGACCUCAGUUGCAAUAUUGUUACAUUUAAUGAUCAUUCUUUACCGCAAUGGGCUGUUCAGUUGUUUCGAGCUGAUUCAGUUGCACCGUCAGGUUUCGCAUCUUUGUGCAAUCGAAAGGUUUUCCUCAGACCCCAAUGUGAGGACACAUCAAAGCCCUCAGCACAAGAGUGUGUUCAGGAUCUCAGAUGGUACUAUUAUGCCAUGCUUCAGCAUUUCGAGAAUGCAGCCAUUGGUAGAGAGUUGGAGCAGCCCCAAAGCAAAGCUGGUGCACAAAGCCUGGUAACAGAGAAACACCAACAAAGUCGCCCUAACACCGACCUUGUUGAAAUGAUAGAAGAAUUUCAAAUCCAGGACGAUGCAGAGAAUAGCCUCAGCAAUAGUCCUUGCAAACCUCAUCAAGAUAUUUCCUCACCAUUGGAAUGCACUAACAGAGAAACAAACUCUAAGGAAAUAACUGUUGCAGAGUUUGACAGAGAAGGGUCAACACUUGCUACUAGGAAGGUUAACUUAACGCAGAUCAUCUCCCAGAUCAAUAUUCAGAUUGAUGACAUACGAGAGAUGUCCAAUGAUGCCAAGAAAAGCCACUUAUUGAAGUUACUUGGUUCUGAUCUAUCAUUCAUACACAAUCUUGCAAUCGGACACCAGUUAGUAGUGGCAGCCCUGAGGUACUGGAUAAUCCAUUGCGAUGUCAAUCAAAAGCAGCUGGCUGCAAUUUUGGUCCACUAUGUUGGUGAAAAGCCAAGGCCGAUAAAACCAAACAAGUUUCUCCAAGAUGUUUUAAUUCGGACAGUUCAUGGUUUCUCACAGUGGCAAAAUGUUGUGUACUGGACGGAAAAAUUAAACUCCUUGUUUUCAGCUCCAUUUCCACAUCUGCAAGCAGCAAAACUGUACAAUGGUAUUCAAGUGUGUUUGGUACAUGAAUGGCUGAUCAGCGAAGAAGGUAUCGAGGCAGCUGAGUCCAUCGUGAUCAACCCUAACUUAUAUCGCCUACUUCACAACGUCAUCACGAAAGAUAUACCAGAUGAUUGCCAGUUCAACCAACUACGAAUGGAAAAGAAGCCAGAAGAAGACUAGGGCAAAAAGCUCGGAUGGAGGAGUGAUUGGAAAAAGACUACAAGUAAAGAUUACUUGAAAGGAAACAGAUUUGCUUUUCUGGAGGAAUUAGAUUCUGACGAGCCUUGAAAACAAUUUUUUGUUCCACUUUCUGGUAAUUUGAGCACGUUUUGAGCCAGUUACGAUAAAAGCGAUAUUUUAAAUGAUUUACAUUGUUUUAUUGUUAUAUAUAAUACAUAUAUGUAUCACAUUUUAAAUAACUGAUUAUAAUAUAAAUAUACCGUUGUAAUUAUUACUAUUUUUACAGUUUUAACUGCGCAAUGAUUUAUGAUAUGUCUGUGCUCUGAACUCAACUACAGGCAUAUGAUGAGAUAAAUACAUUGAUAUUUUGUUAUGAACUUUUUGGGGAAUAAAAAGGGACAAAAUGCAGACUGUUUAUUCGUUCACUUCGCCGAAAACAUCAGUAAAGGCAGUAUGAGGACAACUCCACUGGGGUUGGUAUUAGUGUGAAACAUCCCAAGGAAAUAUGGGCUGACCGUAGCUAAAACACAAGAAUGGGCAUAAAAAUUUUCGCUCACCACACUUUAAAGUUAUAUCACAGAACUUUUUCGUACGGCGAAAGUUGGCCAGGACUGCCAGAACUUUGACAGAUGAGACGCAUCGAGAUAGUGCAGUAAUUUCCACAUUGGCAGCCAUAUUUGAUUUCCCGGGGGCCGAACACUGAGUUCAAUACCAUAGCCAGUGAACUGGAGUACUAAACAUUGAUGAUGACACAUGCUGACGGCGUAGCCAAGGGAUUUGAUUUAUAAUAUAGCAAAAUAUUUCAUACGUGCAAAUUAUAUCCACGGCUACAGCUUAGAGAAAUAUCGCGAUAAAUUUACAGCUCGUAAGUAUUUCUCAUAUGUGAUGAUAAGAUUUCUAUGUAUGAUUUAAUAGCCUUCUUCUCAAUUCUGAUAUUUUGUUUUGUCUUUCCAAGAAUUUGCAAAGACAUGCUUUUUCAAAAGCUUUAAUAACGGAAGGCAAAAUAUCAAAUUAUGUGAACAAGAGUUAACACAUAUUAUUCUACUUUGUCUGUGUAUCAAAUUUUUAUGUUUGUGUAUAUGUGUAGGCAUCUGUGAAGGACAAUACUCAGAGUAGUAUAGAAGGCAUAUUUCUGGGAAAUAUUUCAGUUAUGCAAUACAAAAUAUAUCAUAAAACAAUGGCUGCAAUAUUAGAUUGGGUUUCAUCAGGUGAAUUGCAUUAAAAAUUGGUCCUUUUUGCAAGUUUGGUUAUAUUUUGAGAAACAGCCUGAAACUUGCAUAAAAGAAUUAUAUAAUUUACGUACAAUUUGCAAUCCCUGAAUUUGCCAUUCUUCGUUUGAAUCUGAUUUCAGGUAAUUGCUCCACAGACAAAUGGGCGUUUGGGGUUUAACAAGUUACGUUAACGGUUUGCCUUGUGGCAAACAUGGCGUUUGGAAAUUUGAUAAACUACAGGACACAAACCAUACCGCUCAUAACGGCAAUAACGCUCAUAACGGCAAUAAC